AUGUCUGCAGCCCCUAGAGACGCCUUAGAAUUUCCAGAAUCAGACAGGGCUUUCCUGGAGCCUCAACUACCACCGCGAGAUGGCUCGACCUCACGUCCUGAUAUGCCCUUCACGACUCUGACGUUCGCAACGUCUCUCGAUUCUUCGCUUGCGCUGUCCCCUGGAACACGCACCGCACUAUCAGGGCCCCAGUCCAAGGCAAUGACUCAUUAUUUGCGGUCUCGCCAUGAUGGCAUUCUCAUCGGUGUCGGCACGGCUCUGGCUGAUGAUCCAGGCCUAAAUUGUCGUCUUGAUGGGGUUGGAGGGUACGGCGGUGAAGGCUUGGAUUGUCAACCACGACCCAUUGUCAUUGAUCCAACAUUAAGAUGGGAUUUUUCUGACGAUAGCAAGUUGUUUCAACUUUGCAGGGAAGGCCGUGGCCGUGGUCCAUGGAUUGUGACUACUGUGCACGAGCCACCAGCCGAGAAAGUUUCUCUGCUCAAGAAAUACGGAGGUCAAUUCAUUUCGCUCAAUAUUCCAACUUCAGAGUCUGGUACUCACCGGAUUGAUUGGACUCAAUUGCUGGCCACUUUACGCUCGAAUGGCCUUCGAAGUGUUAUGAUCGAAGGUGGAGGCCAUGUCAUCAACUCAUUGUUGGAACCGACUUAUAUGGGUCUUAUUGAUCGAGUGAUUGUGACAAUUGCACCAACGUGGCUUGGUCAAGGGGGCGUGGUUGUCUCUCCAGCGAGAAGAUUUGAUGGCGAAGGGAAUUCGAUGUCUGCCGCGAGGUUGAAGAAUGUUCAGUGGUACCCAUUUGGAGAAGACGUUGUUCUAUGUGGUCAAGUCAAAAUCUAG